UGGAGGGCGUGCGCCUGACCGAGACAGGCGCUCAGGCCAAGAUCCAUGGCAGCCCCUUCAAGGCGUUCAUUUGCGCCACCAUGGGCUGCGUUGGUGGCCUCAUCAUCGGUUUGGUCACUGAGUACUUCACUUCCCACUCUUACAUCCCCACGCGCGAGCUGGCUGCGGCGUGCAAGUUCGGCACUGCCGUGAACAUCAUCCAGGGUCUUGCGCUGGGUUACAAGAGCUGCAUCAUCCCCGUCUUCGUGCUGUCCUCGGGCAUCUUUGUGUCCUUCCAGCUCUGCGACCUCUACGGCAUCGCCCUGGCCGCUCUGGGCAUGCUGGCCACCCUCAGCUGCGGUCUCACCAUCGAUGGCUUCGGACCCAUCUCUGACAACGCCGGCGGGAUCGCUGAGAUGGCUCUCUUCAACCCAGAAGUGCGUCGACGUACUGAUGCACUGGAUGCCGCAGGCAAUACGACAGCUGCCAUCGGCAAGGGCUUUGCCAUUGGCUCUGCUGCACUGGUGUCCUUGGCGUUGUACGGUGCCUUCGUGAUCCGCCUGCGAGUCAAGACGGGAGUGAACAUCUUGGAGCCCGUGACCUUCGCAUUCCUCAUCAUCGGUUGCAUGGUCCCGUACUGGUUCGCCGCCCUCACCAUGAAGUCUGUGGGUCAGGCAGCCGGUGAGAUGGUGGCCGAGGUGAAGAGGCAGUUCAGCGUGAAGGACUCCAAGGGCAAGACGCUGCUGGAGGGCAGCACCGAGCUGAAGCCGGACUCAAAGACCUGCAUCCAGAUCUCCACUGAGGCUUCGCUGCGGGAGAUGGUGGCCCCGGCCUGCUUGGUGAUCCUGUCCCCACUGCUGGCCGGUACCUUCUUCGGCGUGCAGGCAGUCUUCGGCCUGCUGACCGGCUCGCUGGGCUCCUCUGUGCAGCUGGCCAUCUCCAUGUCCAAUUCCGGCGGUGCGUGGGACAACUGCAAGAAGUACAUCAAGAACGGCUUCUCCGAUGACAUUGAGCUGCGCUACACCAAGAACCCCAAGACCCCUGAGGAGAUUGCCGCAGCGCCUAAGGCGAAGGAGGCGCAUGAUGCAGCAGUGCAAGGCGACACCGUGGGCGACCCCUUCAAGGACACCUCUGGCCCUGCCCUGAACAUUGUCAUGAAGCUGCAGGCCAUCGUCUCCCUCGUCUUCGCAGCCUACUUCGCUUCAAUCAACAACGGGCAUGGACUGCUGAACUGCUGAGGCAUGCCGAGGCAUUAAGCCUGGGAUCUGUGGGUGACAAGCGGGCAUGGGCCCGCGGCAUUCGAUGGCA